AUGCUGAUUCCCUCUCAUUCUUCGCAAUCAACCUUCUCCAUCCACAAACGCGACCAUGACUUGGUCUCAGCCACACUCCGCUCUUCGUUGACGCACAAGCCUGCUUGGACUCUUGAGAGCUUUAUUCCCCAGCAUGAACAACAACAACAACAACAACAACAACAACAGCAACAAACACCACUCCACAGGAACGACGGUCUCGGUAUCAACAACACUACCAGCUACUACGGCAACUACUACUACAACGUCUAUCCCCACUACUACAACAGCUACUCCUACAACGAGUACCCCCGCUACUACUUUUACCCUACUGCCUCAACACAGACGACACCCCCUGCUUCAACCACCAGACAGACGACAACUCCUGACACCACCACCACCGACACCACAGAACCAACGACUCCCCGCUCUUUCGCCGCGUCACUCAAGUCGAGCCCGUCCUACUACCGCCUCUUCCCUGAAGAGCAGCAGCAGGUGUGGGGUCAAGCCUGCGAGUACCAGACGGCGCUUAGUUACAACCGUCCUCACUCCUACCACGCUACCAAGAACUUUCCCAAGUACAACUCCUUUCCGUCGUCGAAUACGUCUAGUGUUGUCAACCAGGCACCCUUUACUCAGGAGCAACAACAACCCCGAGUUUAUGAGAUACAGAGCAACAACAACCACUGGUGCACAAUCGUAGAGACCAAGACACCUCACUCGUCUCCAAGCACAUACGAUUUUCUCGGUUCCGUCUACGACUACGAGAGUGCUCACUCUCAGAAGGCACAUGCAUUGCGAGGUCAGGACAGCGGGAACCAGACGGCACUCGGCCAGAGUCGCCAUCUGGACACCACGGAUCGUGCCAGGAAGCAGGCCAACCCAGAGUCACAAGAUUCCCACUGGAUUCCCGAGAAUUCAAUCCUUGAACCACAACAGCAUCAGCCGCAUGGACAUGGAACAGUGUACACAACGACCCUUGGAUACAACUACUAUGCAACCCCAGAAACGACGCCGCCUCGCUCAUCUAUGGGGACACACAAGUCCCACAGCUCGGCAUACCAGAGUACAGCUUACUCUCAGCAGACACACGCGUCACAAGGCCACGAGAGCGGGUACAAGACGGCAUUCAGCUACGACCUUGAUCAUCACGCUGCCUUGAACCAGAGAGGAUACCAUGCCUAUCCAGAGUCGCAUGAGCCUCAAUGGACCUACGCCGGCCACUUCCCUCAGCAGCAGCAGCAGCGGCAGGAACAACAGCAGAGAUCACUACUCUACAGCAACGACGGAGCCAGUGCCGAGCACAACCCCACCUCUUCCUUCAAUAACAGUCAGUAUCAGAGCUACUACCACGUCAAUGAAACAAGCAUGCCACAUUCAUUGGCAGAGACACGCGAGUCUAGCUCGAUCCAGUCGAGGCGCUCCCUUGAGCAGCAACAGCAGCAUCCACCCUACGGCAACAGCACUGAGCUCGACUCAACCCUCAACAGCUACCACUACCGCUCAUCCUUGAACCCUGCCGAGUACCGCUCUCUUAUCAUAGCGCACGGUACCGGCAUUACUCACCAAGGCAGCUUCUCCGAGCAGCAGCAGCAGCAGCAACAGCAGCAGCAACAACAACAGCAGCAGCAACAACAGCAGCAACAGCUGGAUCGCGGACGCGAGCAUGUCAUGGCGUCCGGCAACAAUCAUAGAAACAGCACAACCAUGAGCAGUAUGGAGGAUCGUCUUUUCCCAUUGAUGCGCAAUUCUACUUCGGUACAACAAGGUUAUUUACCUCAGCCGCAGAGGCAACAAACUCAGGGACAUGAGAAUGACAGCCGCGUUGUCGACAAUAGCAGCAACCACCACCACUUCGCCAUGAACCCCACUAUGCUGAAGCCUGUGCCAGGACCGCCACUCCCACUCCCACCACCACCACCACCAGCGGCAACGUCAACCCACAGCUCAGGCAGCAGCGGUCUCCUUUUGACCAAGGCAUUCAGUCCUUCCUAUUUCGACCCCGAUGACUGGGUGGAGCGAUUGCUGGAGGAGGAAGAGGAGUCCUUCGAAACCGUGGGUUAUCCGGAAAGUUUCACCGACUUUGUCGCAUAUGAGCGAUACAGGACUCAGAUGGAGAGGUCCAAGUAUGAACGGGAGCAGAAAAUUGAGGCGAGGGCCCGAGCCAUUGCAAAGGCGAAGGCAGACGGACAAGCCAAGUAUCAGGCCAAGGCCCAGAACAAGAUGAAGAGUGCGAUUUCGGAGGUUCUCUUCAGUCGUUUGUGA